GUCAGGAGUGAUUGUGAAAAUGGCAAAAGAGACAUGUGCCGAGGGCCUCGUUGUAAGUGGAGGGAAGGAGGGAAUCUUCAUCAAAGAAGUGAGGCCAGAGUCACCAGCCUCAAAGCUUCUUAGUGUACAUGAGGGUGAUCAGAUACUCAGUGCCACUGUGUAUUUUGACGAUGUUACAUAUGAAGAUGCUCUACAGAUAUUGGAACAUGCCCAGCCUUACAAGAUGGAGUUACUUCUGAAACGCAAACCAAUAAAGACAUCCACACUUGAGAGUGAACAAGCCCUUGAAAUCAUCCAAGUGAAAGAAGGUUCCUCUCCGGAAAUGAGGGGACAUUCAAAGACAAAAAGGCAUGGUGACCGAAUCUCUUGGCCCAAGUUCCCCUCCUUCAGCAAAAGUCAAAAGUCCCAUUUUAAGAGGUCUCACAGUACUUCAGAGGCCGAUGAUAAGAAGAAGCUGGAGCUUAGCCCUACAACAAGUGACACAGAGUCGCCAAUAAAAUCUCAGGAGGCUGUCAAGGGCAAGACAAAGAAGCAUAAGAUAAAGUUAUCAAGCAUGAAGAUGAAGGGCCGCAAGAGCAUGUCUGUUGAACAGCCGGACCAGGACAUAGACAUACUAACUGUAGAACGUGUAGAGGGUAUGGAAAACCAACAGAGUCAAGAUGACAUACACUCACCAGAUGGUCUAGAGAGCGCAUCAGUAGAUAUAUCUGAAGUAUAUGUGUUAGAAUCAGAAUCUGAAAAAAUUGAACACACCAAGAUAAGAAAUGAAUGCAUUAUUCCAGACCUGGCAGCCUCUGAAACUAAAAAACACAAGGUAGAACUCAUUAGUCUGGACAAAACUUUGAAAACCACAGACAUAACAGUUGCUCUUGCUGAUCAAGAAAGUCCCUCAACCAAGAAAUCUCCAGAGGGAAAGACAAAGAAGAAAGAGAAUAAAGAGAGGUCAGAACUAAAGUUUACAUUCAAGGGAAAUGAGAAAAAAGACAAACACAAGCAAAACACACCAGUAAAAGUAUCACUAAAAAACCUGAAGACACCAAGAACAGAUAUGAUAACAUCUGAUCUGUCUGCACAUGACAAUACAUUGCUGAGCCCAACUGUAGUAUCACAUACUGAGCUGGAGGAGUGUCAACUCCCAAUUGAUAUCAACACUCAAGUAAUCAUCAAUGAGAGUUCAGGGAAAACCCUACCCUCCACUGAUAAGGAAAUGAGCAUGCCAAAAGUAGACAUCUGCCUUGACAUGUCAGAUAGAGGAUUUAUCAGGAAAUCCCCUCAGAUUGGACAAGAUCAACACUUGAAAGAAACAUAUGUUAAAACUGAUGUGAAUGCACAGGAAAUUAGCAUACAUGCUAAGGUCAUCAGUAUUACAAUGGAACCAGACUCGCAGAUGGAAAUACAAGCUUCAAAGUUACCUACAGAGAGAAGCAUUGAUGAUGUUUUAGCACAAAUUGGUACAAGAUCUGCUCCCAAAUUCAAACUGCAGAGGGUGGACCCUGCUGACUUUGUUACUGACAAACCCAUAAAAAUGACAGAUGUGAAGAUUGUAGAAAAGGACGUGAAAGGCCUUACAGUUGAGGAUAAGGGGUUAAAGAUACUUCCAAGCCGUGAGGAUAUUGAGAUCCCAGGCAUAGAAGAUGCAUCAUUAACUAGCACCAAGGCCCCAGUGAUAAAACAGCCUAAAACAGCAUUCACUCUUCCUGUUGAAGAAAUCCAGGCGCAGACUGUACAGAUGGUUAUAGACGUUGAUAGAGUUAAAGAGGCUGUCUCCAAAUUGCCAGGGUUCAAGCUGCCGAAGGGUGACAUUGCAGGCCUGCCUGCUCAUCAACAAAUCACAAUGACAGACGUGAAUGCAGAAAGAGUAGAUGUGACAGUAGAUGCCACCCUGUCUAAAAUCACAGACCUAAAGGCACAGUUGGACACGUAUGUCAAAAAGACUGACAUAAAUGCUUCACCAGAAAAGUUGAGCAGGAGCUCAGUUACCACAUUCAAAUUGCCAAAGACCCAACUUUUUGAUCUAGGUGCUCAUGAGCCUAUUACUAUGACAGAAAUAGACAAUACAAAAACAAAACAGGAAGCUGGAAAGACCAAUGAGGAUGAAAUCCAAAUUGAACUCCAUAAACGAGAGAACAUAGAGAAAGCUGGAAUGGAAACUACACAACAAAAAGGAACUCCCAACAAAGUGGAAAAGGAAAAAGAGACUGGUGAAAUUCUGGAGCCUAAGUUGGCAGUACCAGUACCUGAGGGGCCAACCAUCACAUCUGAGGAGAGAAAUCGUAUACCUGCCACUUACACUAAAGGAUUAGAUAAGAAGUCAAAGAAAACAAAUAUUUCAAUGCCUAGGUUUGGAAUAACACAAACGGAUAUUAGAUUCUCAGACAUUGGGAUUGGACUACCAAAAAGAGACACCUCGGUGGAAAAGAAGGAUGAGGUCAAAGAUGAAAGCAAUGCAUUGCACCUUGAAAUGAAAAUGUCAGAGGCUGAAAUUAAACUCAGCAAAGUACCAGAUUUUGAAUAUUCCACUAUCAAAACUCAUGUGACAGACCUUCAAACACCUACAAUACGAACUUUAAGCUCAGAAACAAUGCCAGAGGUACCUUCAUCUGACAUUGAAGAAGCAGUUAUGGGCAUUGAUGUCCAAUCUGUUGAUGUCGGGAGAGGAGACAUCCAAAUACCGGAUGUUGAAGCCGAAGUACCCUCCGUUGAAGUUGAAAUACCAGAAACAGUUUAUAAAGAUGUUGAUGUGAAAAUGAAAAAACGACAGAUGUCAUUCCCCAAAUUUGGAGUUAAAGCCCCAGGGAUUGAUGUUAGUGUGCUAAAACCAGACAUCUCUCUUCCCGAGGGAAACAUGGAGGUCAAAUUGCCUGAGGUGGAAAUUGAAGUUCCAAAGGAUAUCAAACUUCAUGGAACUGAAAGUCCAGAACCCAAGCUGUCAAUAUCAGGAAAAGUACAUGAAGUUGACUUUGAAAAACAGAGUGACUUUAAAAAAUCUAGUGUUAAGAUCCCAUCUAUAGAUGUGGAUGUGAAGACUAAAGGACUUGAACUGGAGGGGCAAGGAAGCAAGUUUAAACUGCCAAAUCAGGGAAUUUCAUUAACAAAAGUAAAAGGUCCUGAGAUAGAUUUAGGUGUAUCGAAGAAAGACAUAGAUGUCACUUUACCAGAGACCAACAUGGAGAUCCAACCACCUGAUGUUGAACUCAAAGUGUCUUCUGGUAAAGUUGAAAUGCCUGAGCGAGCUGCUACAGAGAUUGAUUUGAAAGUGAAAAAGCCACGGAUUUCAUUUCCAGGGCUUGGAUUUUCAAAACCUGAAGUAUGUGAGGUUGAUGUCAGUCUUCCAAAGGUGAAUAUUUCUCUUCCAGAGGGAAAAGUGGAGGUCAAAGAGCCUGAGGUGGAAAUGACAGCUCCAGAGAUUCAAGUUGAAGUGAAACAUGAUAUUGAGCUUGAGGGACAAGGAAGUAAGUUCAAACUACCCAAAUUUGGAAUAUCAAUGCCAAAUGUAAAAGGUCCUGAGAUUGAUUUAAGUUUAUCAAAGAAAGUCAUAGACGUCACUUUACCAGAGGACAAAGUGGAGGUCCAACCACCUGAUGUUGAAAUCGAAGUGCCUUCUGGUCAAGUUCAAAUGCCAGAGGGAGCUGCGACAGAGAUUGAUGUGAAAAUGAAGAAGCCCCGAAUGUCAUUUGGAUGGUUUUCAAAACCAGAAGUGAAAGCACCGGAGGUUGAUGUCAGUCUUCCAAAGGUGGGCAUUUUGCAUCCAGAAGGAAAGGUGAAGUUCAAAGAGCCAGAGGUGGAAUUUAAAGCUCCAGAGAGUCAAGUUGAAGUGGAACAUGAUAUUGAGCUUCAUGGACAAGGAAGUAUGUUCAAACUACCUAAAUUUGGAAUCUCAUUGCCGAAGGUUAAAAGUUCUGAAAUUGACUUAAGUGUGUCAAAAACAGAUGUAGAUGUCGACUUACCAGAGAGAAGAGCAGCUCUUCAACUACCCGACGUUGAAGUUGGAGUGCCCUCUGUUAAAGUUGAAAAACCAGAAGCAGUUUCUAGAGAUAUUGAUGUGAAAAUGAAAAUGCCCAGAAUGUCUUUCCCAAAAUUUGGAUUUUCAAAACCAGAAGUGAAAGCACCCGAGGUUGAUGUCAGUUUUCCAGAGGUGGAUAUUUCUCUUCCAGAGGAAAGGGUGGAGGUAACAGAGCCUGAGAUGGAAAUUGAAGCUCCAGAAAAUCAAGUUGAAAUUAAACAUGGAAUUGAGCUUAAGGGACAAGGAAGUAAGUUCAAACUACCAAAAUUUGGAAUCUCAUUGCCGAAGGUGAAAGGUCCUGAAUUUGACUUAAGUAUCUCAAAGACAGAUGUAGAUGUCAACUUACCAGAGAGAAGAGCAGUCCAACUACCUGAUGUUGAAGUUGGAGUGCCCUCUGUUAAAGUUGAAAAACCAGAAGCAGUUUCUAAAGAUAUUGAUGUAAAAAUGAAAAUGCCCAGAAUGUCUUUCCCCAAAUUUGGAUUUUCAAAACCAGAAGUUAAAGCACCCAAGAUUGAUGUCAGUCUUCCAGAGGUGGAUAUUUCUCUUCCAGAAGAAAAUGUGGAGGUCAAAGAGCCUGAGAUGGAAAUUGAAGCUCCAGAGAUUCAAAUUGAGGUGAAAGAUACCGUAGGCUCCCCCUCAAGAUUCAAAAUGCCAACUUUAAAAUUCCCUCAAUUUGGAGCAGCUGCUCCAAACAUCACAGUAGAGGUACCUGAUGUGGACAAGGACGUCAAGGUUCAUGGAUCUGAAAUUCCAGAACUCAAACUGACAAUGUCAGCAAUUAACAUUGAAAAGCCAAGUGUUGACCUUAAAGGCCCAUCUAUAGAUGUGGAUGUGAAGAGCAAAAGACUUGACAUUGUCACUUUACUAGAGGCAAGCGUGGAGGUCCAACCACCUAGCACUGAACACAACGUGCCUUCUGGUAAAGGUGAAAUUCCUGAGGGGGUUGCUACAGAAAUUGAUGUAAAAAUGAGAAAGCCACGGAUGUCAUUUGGAUGGUUUUCAAAACCAGAAGUGAAAGCACCGGAGGUUGAUGUCAGUCUUCCAAAGGGGGACAUUUCUCUUCCAGAGGUAAAGGUGGAGGUCAAAGAGUCAGAGGUGGAAAUUAAAGCUCCAGAAUUUCAAGUUGAAAUGAAACAUGGAAUUGAGCUUGAGGGACAAGGAAGUAAGUUCAAACUACCAAAAUUUGGAAUCUCAUUGCCGAAGGUUAAAGGUCCUGAAUUUGACUUAAGUAUCUCAAAGACAGAUGUAGAUGUCAACUUACCAGAGAGAAGAGCAGACCAACUAUCUGAUGUUGAAGUAGGAGUGCCCUCUGUUGAAGUUGAAAUACCAGAAGCAGUCUCUAAAGACAUUGAUGUGAAAUUGAAAAAGCCCCGAAUGUCUUUCCCCAAAUUUGGAUUUUCAAAACCAGAAGUUAAAACACCCGAGGUUGAUGUCAGUCUUCCAGAGGUGGAUAUUUCUCUUCCAGAGGAAAGGGUGGAGGUCAAAGAGCCUGAGGUGGAAAUUGAAGCUCCAGAGAUUCAAAUUGAGGUGAAAGAUACCGUAGGCUCCCCCUCAAGAUUCAAAAUGCCAACUUUAAAAUUCCCUCAAUUUGGAGCAGCUGCUCCAAACAUCACAGUAGAGGUACCUGAUGUGGACAAGGACGUCAAGGUUCAUGGAUCUGAAAUUCCAGAACUCAAACUGACAAUGUCAGCAAUUAACAUUGAAAAGCCAAGUGUUGACCUUAAAGGCCCAUCUAUAGAUGUGGAUGUGAAGAGCAAAAGACUUGACAUUGUCACUUUACCAGAGGCCAGCGUGGAGGUCCAACCACCUAGCACUGAACUCAAAGUGCCUUCUGGUAAAGGUGAAAUUCCUGAGGGAGUUACUACAGAAAUUGAUGUAAAAAUGAGAAAGCCACGGAUGUCAUUUGGAUGGUUUUCAAAAUCAGAAGUGAAAGCACCAGAGGUUGAUGUCAGUCUUCCAAAGGGGGAUAUUUCUCUUCCAGAGGUAAAGGUGGAGGUCAAAGAGUCAGAGGUGGAAAUUAAAUCUCCAGAAAUUCAAGUUGAAUUGAAACAUGGAAUUGAGCUUCAGGGACAAGGAAGUAAGUUCAAACUACCAAAAUUUGGAAUCUCAUUGCCGAAGGUGAAAGGUCCUGAAUUUGACUUAAGUAUCUCAAAGACAGAUGUAGAUGUCAACUUACCAGAGAGAAGAGCAGACCAUCUACCUGAUGUUGAAGUAGGAGUGCCCUCUGUUGAAGUUGAAAUACCAGAAGUAGUCUCUAAAGACAUUGAUGUGAAAUUGAAAAAGCCCCGAAUGUCAUUCCCCAAAUUUGGAUUUUCAAAACCAGAAGUUAAAGCACCCGAGGAUGAUGUCAGUCUUCCAGAGGUGGAUAUUUCUCUUCCAGAAGAAAAUGUGGAGGCCAAAGAGCCUGAGAUGGAAAUUGAAGCUACAGAAAUUCAAAUUGAGGUGAAAGAUACCGUAGGCUCCUCCUCAAGAUUCAAAAUGCCAACUUUAAAAUUCCCUCAAUUUGGAGCAGCUGCUCCAAACAUCACAGUAGAGGUACCUGAUGUGGACAAGGACGUCAAGGUUCAUGGAUCUGAAAUUCCAGAACUCAAACUGACAAUGUCAGCAAUUAACAUUGAAAAGCCAAGUGUUGACCUUAAAGGCCCAUCUAUAGAUUUGGAUGUGAAGAGCAAAAGACUUGACAUUGUCACUUUACCAGAGGCCAGCGUGGAGGUCCAACCACCUAGCACUGAACUCAAAGUGCCUUCUGGUAAAGGUGAAAUUCCUGAGGGAGUUACUACAGAAAUUGAUGUAAAAAUGAGAAAGCCACGAAUGUCAUUUGGAUGGUUUUCAAAACCAGAAGUGAAAGCACCGGAGGUUGAUGUCAGUCUUCCAAAGGGGGAUAUUUCUCUUCCAGAGGUAAAGGUGGAGGUCAAAGAGUCAGAGGUGGAAAUUAAAUCUCCAGAAAUUCAAGUUGAAAUGAAACAUGGAAUUGAGCUUCAGGGACAAGGAAGUAAGUUCAAACUACCAAAAUUUGGAAUCUCAUUGCCGAAGGUUAAAGGUCCUGAAUUUGACUUAAGUAUCUCAAAGACAGAUGUAGAUGUCAACUUACCAGAGAGAAGAGCAGACCAACUAUCUGAUGUUGAAGUAGGAGUGCCCUCUGUUAAAGUUGAAAUACCAGAAGCAGUUUCUAAAGAUUUUGAUGUGAAAUUGAAAAAGCCCCGAAUGUCAUUCCCCAAAUUUGGAUUUUCAAAACCAGAAGUUAAAGCACCCGAGGUUGAUGUCAGUCUUCCAGAGGUGGAUAUUUCUCUUCCAGAAGAAAAGGUGGAGGUCAAAGUACCUGAGAUGGAAAUUGAAGCUCCAGAGAUUAAAAUUGAGGUGAAAGAUACCGUAGGCUCCCCCUCAAGAUUCAAAAUGCCAACUUUAAAAUUCCCUCAAUUUGGAGCAGCUGCUCCAAACAUCACAGUAGAGGUACCUGAUGUGGACAAGGACAUCAAGGUUCAUGGAUCUGAAAUUCCAGAACUCAAACUGACAAUGUCAGCAAUUAACAUUGAAAAGCCAAGUGUUGACCUUAAAGGCCCAUCUAUAGAUGUGGAUGUGAAGAGUAAAACACUUGAAAUUGUCACUUUACCAGAGGCCAGCGUGGAGGUCCAACCACCUGGAAUUGAACUCAAAGUGUCUUCUGGUGAAGUUGAAAUGCCUGAGGGAGCUGCUACAGAAAUUGAUGUGAAAAUGAAAAAGCCACGGAUGUCAUUUGGAUGGUUUUCAAAACCAGAAGUGAAAUCACCUGAGGUUGAUGUCAGUCUUCCAGAGGUGGAUAUUUCUCUUCCAGAGGGAAAAGUGGAGGUCAAAGAGCCUGAGGUGGAAAUGACAGCUCCAGAGAUUCAAGUUGAAGUGAAACAUGAUAUUGAGCUUGAGGGACAAGGAAGUAAGUUCAAACUACCCAAAUUUGGAAUAUCAUUGCCAAAGGUAAAAGGUCCUGAGAUGGAUUUCAGUGUAUCAAAGAAAGUCAUAGAUGUCACUUUACCAGAGGACCAAGUGGAGGUCCAACCACCUGAUGUUGAUAUCGAAGUGCCUUCUGGUGAAAUUGAAAUGCCCGAUGGAGCUGCUACAGGAAUUGAUGUGAAAAUGAAAAUACCACAGAUGUCAUUUGGAUUGUUUUCCAAACCAGAAGUGAAACCACCUGAGAUUGAUGUCAUUCGUCCAAAGGUGGACAUUUCGCUUUCAGAGGGAAAUGUGGAGGUCAAAGAGCCUGAGGUGGAAAUGAAAGCUCCGGAGAGUCAAGUUGAAAUGAAACAUGAAGAUUUAUCAGUUGAUGGAAAACUAGAAACAUCAGAGAUGGGAUUCAAAAUGGCAACAUUCAAAUUCCCUAAAGUUGGCGCAACGUCAAAGGUUGUAGUCGAUGUCUCUGAUACAGAGAAGGAUAUUAAAGUGCCUGGGGUAGAAAUUAUAGAUCAACUACUUGGAGCUUCAUUACAAAUUGAUUUACCCGAACACGGGGACACAGUUGACAUUAAAGGAUCUAGAGAAGUACAGCUACAUGAUGCUGGAUCUGAAAGGCCCUCAGUUAAAGGUGGAAUGGCAAUAGCCGAAGUGUAUGUUCAUGAAGUUGAAGUUUCAAAACUGACAAUUGAUGAUAAAGGCCAUGGUUCCCCCAGCAAAGGUCAAGGCUCGCCUAGUAAAUUCAAACUUCCAACCUUUAAAAUGCCCAGAUUGAGCAUUUCAAAAUCCAAACCUGAGAAUGAACAUGAUGAUAUAAAUCCAAAUGUUAUUUUGGAGAAUUAUGAGAUUCAAGUAAAACCACAAGGACCAGAGAAAUCACCAAAGUUGACUUUGACAACAUUUGGGGAGGUAUUAAGAAGCAUUGAUGUUGAAUUUGAUGUUUCCAAAUUAGAGGAAGUGGAAAAGAAGCUCACAGGCUCAAGGGAAGAUAUAACAGCCUCAGGGAAAACCGAACUAAAUGCCCAAACCAGUGUUGAAACCCAGUCUGUGCAUAAAGAGGAAGAAGCCAGAAAAUCUAAAUUUGGGUGGGUUAAGUUUCCCACAUUUGGACUAUCUUCUCCUUCAGAAUCUGCCAAGAUUUUAGAAAAAGACACUUCUGAGAAAGGAGGAAGUGAGAAAAGCCCUGACUCUGUGGAACAGGACGCCAGCUUGACCUUUUCAGUACACUCAUCGGAUGCUUUUGCAGAUAUUAGUUCAACAGUCACAAGCGAACAAUUUGGUCCACCAUUGGCCUUUCCAACCAAAGUCACAGUGAAAUAUUCUGACCCUAUUGCCACUGAGGUACAGGGUGAUGUCAUCACCUCCACAGCAAGGACAGAAUUGAUUGCCUUUGAACCCUACUUGGCAGAUAAAGUCACCAUUCCAAUGUCCUCCGGAGUUUCCUCCUCAUCAGUGGACACCCUAAAAUUGGAGUCUGGUACACAUGUCAGCACAUCCAAUAUACAAGCAAUACCAGACACACAGAAAGCCACGCUCUUAACAGAUUUUGGAUUGCAGACAGGGACCGCCGGAGUUUCUUCUGCAUCUUGGUCAGUGGACGACACCAACAAAACACAGAGUGAUGGGCAAACAGUUAUUGAGAGGCAUGUAGUUAGGGAAAUGUCAGGCACUGACAAGGAAACGGUUUUCAUAACCCAAAAAAUUACACAUGUGUUUGUGGCUGAGCCCAUCUCAGAUGAAACAGCCUCAUCUAUCAAACAGAUAAAAGACACUAUGCAGUCUGAGAAAAUUAAAUUUUUUGAUGGGGCUGAAUUGGAGUGACUGGGAGGAAUACAGUAUGAUAAAUCCCUCCAUUGAGGAGUAAUAUCAGUCAGAUUAUUAUUGUGCUCUUAUUAAUUGUGCUUUCAUUUAUGACCAAGUUUUAAUAUAUACAGUUCAAUGUUUUGAGUGUUUAUCUAGUACACUAUAUAAAUACACAAAUUGGCAUACAAGCCCCAUGAUACAGGUAGCGUUGUAAAAGCCAACUUUGUCAAUGUAAUUACUUCCGCUGAGACCAGGUCAAUUCCACAGUAACAGAGUGACAGCAGCUAGGUUUCCAUCCAAUUGGGAAUAUUCAAAAAUCUGCAUAAAGAAAAUCUGCAAUCAAGUUUUAAAAAUGUAAUUUUCAAAAUACAUAAAUCAUCCCCGUAUGAUGCAAUUUGCAGCAUACAGGGAUGAUUUCUAUAUUUUGAAAGUUACAUAUUUUGAAAACUUGAUUGCAGACAAGCAAAACAUUUUGGGACUAUGUCAACAAUGAACUAACGAAACAAAUACCAAAAGAUCGUUUCCGGGUGGAAUUUUUCUUUAAGUUUAUGCAUUAACUCAGAAUUAUUAAAGUUAGAAAUUAACUCCAAAUGUUUAAGGUAAAGGUUAAGGAUUUGGGACAGGCAUAAAACAAAAAUAUCAAAAACAACUUUCUUUCGCUGGAUUCGAACAUGAAACCUUUGGCAAAUACACAUCAUCUCCCAACUUCCUCAGACAUGAAUGGUCAUCCAAUACUGACAUCUAUCGGGUGACUUGUCUCUUCCAAAGUCAUAGUGGGUGGACCACACAAUAGCAUUCAGCCUGGUCUCAUAGACUAGACAUAACAUAGUAAACGCAAUUACGACAUACAAAUCAGUUUGGUAUGGUUACAUAAGACAGAAGGUUACAUAAAGCAAAAAUAAAUGUAAGGUGGCUGGUCGGGGUGGGUGUAUAACAGGAAAGUCUAGCAACCGAAAGGUUGUCUGUUUGAAUCGUAUCAUGGACAACGUUUGCAUUUGAGCUAAUUAUCAACUUUGUAACUACUUACUGCUUGUGAGCAACUUUGCUACUACUUAGCAUGAUAACUAACCCUUCCCUAACCUUAACCUUAACCCUUUAACCUAACUCCUAACCAUAACCCUUGAUCCCUAACCCCUAGUCUAGCUAACAUUAACCACCUAGCCACCUAGCUAACAUUAGCCACAACAAAUUGGAAUUCUUAACAUAUCAUACCUUUUGCAAAUUCGUAACAUAUUGUAUGAUAUGUAUCGGAUAUACAUUUACGAUGUUAGGUCUACCCCUGAGUUGCAGCAUCAUGUGACUCCAAUUGACUUCAAUAUGAUGGUUUUUAUAUACUGUAAAUAUUUGCACAUAAAAGCAUUUCCACCACCAUUUCUCGCAUAAUUAAUUUUACUGACACAAAAUGAUCCCACCUUGUCUAGCUUAUUUAGUUUUUUAGUUCUCCCCCAAAAAAUACAUUUACUGACAAAUUUGCUGUUUCCAUCAGGUCUGUUGUGAUUUUUUUUAAUCUGACAUAGGCUAAUUUCUUCGCAUAAAAUCAGAACAUUUUACAAAAAUACAUUUACUUGAAGAACAGUGCAAAUGCAAAGUUUUAUAACAGAAUGAGAGUUUGUGCCUCAUUCUGUUACCAGCAUUUUUGGUGGUUGUUUCCUUGUUUGCAGAAAUUGUAAUAGUUUGCCUAAUUUCAGUUUAUGUGACAAAACAAGCAUGUAGAGUGUAGAGAAUCAUUGUACCAUCUAAACCACUGUGAAAUAUAUUUCCAUAACUAAAAAUAGAGCAUUUUUAGCUGUUUGAAGCUGGUGUACAAAACUGGAAAUAUAAGACGCAAAAACAAAACAUAAGAACUGGAAGCAUAGAAAUAGCGCACAUAGAACAGAUCUACCACUUCUUGCUUUCAAAGAAAAGGACAGAUCUAUAACUCAUAGUUCUAUGUGAUUUGGUCCCGUUGCCCAAAAAGUUACGUAAUGCAGCUUUAAAAGUAGUCAUUGUGCAUAGAGUUGUACGGUUUGUUUAACUUUGCAAUCAUUGAUUUUGGUUUGACAUACAUUUUAAAGUAAAAUAUCUGAGUCUCAGUGUCACUCUGUUACCAUGGAAUUGUACACCACUGAGACCAUUGCUGUUUUUAGACAUCUCUGCAAAUUGUUAUGCUGUACAUAUAAUGAAGAGGAACUUGUUAAUCCACUGCCAUAUGCAUUUAUGAAUGAUCUCUGAUGUCUGCUCUUUAUUCGACAGGCAUAUAUAGAUAUAAGGUAUAAAUGAUCAUGAGUCUGAAAAAAUGAAUACGUAAUGCUAUACAUACAAACCAUGCAACAUUAAUAGAACAAAAACAGAACACAUAUAAGGAACCAUUCAAAUCUGUACACUUAAUACCAUGAAAUACAUGAUGCUAAAAUUGAAUGCUUGUAAGCACAGUAAAAAGCAGAAAAUAUAUAUUGAUGCAACUAUAUUUUGAUUAUAAUGAUGCCUAGUUUUGAUUUGCCAUAAUGUAAAACUAAUAGAUUUUGUUUUCUGAAUUUGUGCAAAGUAGAAACAUUUUAACACCUAUGUAAAUAGUUGAUUUAUUCAUUUAUAUUGCCUUAUUUUGAUUGUUGCUAUUGCCUUAUUCUGCACUGAUGUAGUCAAUUUAUUUGCAAAACUAUAAAUAAUAAAUAUUCUAAAAUAUUAAGAA